UGCAGCAUGAAAUAAGACGAGACAUGGUGGACAUGGAAGAAGAUAAUGAGCUGGGUCUGCUGCUGGGUGAGAUGACCACGACAGCAGCGGAGGAAUGGUUCAUGAUGAUAGACACCGAUGAGGAUGGGUACAUUGGGUUCAGAGAGAUGGAGGAGUAUUGUGUGGGGAAACUAGCCUUCACUAAGGAGCAGGUAGCGGACGUGUUUGCGAAUUUAGACAAGUCUGACCUGGGUAAGAUUAGUAAACACAACUUUAUGGAGGGACUACAAGAGUUCGCAGCUAGCAACGGGGUCACUGACUUCUCCGAGUUAGCGGACAGUUUUGAUCUCCAUAACUACGAUGAGACUCCUACUGUUCUUACCCCGGACUACGAGGGACCCCUGGACCCCUCCAAGCUAGACGAGAUAGUGUACGAGGAGAAUAGCUCUACAGCAGCAAGGAAACUUACCUCCUUCCCUUCCCUUGAUUUCGAUACUUGGACUGAUAUGUUACGGCGACUGGGUGCACUUGAAACUUUCGAACAUAAUGAGGGUCUCAGAGAGAUGUACUACACAGCCCGAGAUAAGUGUCCCCACGUGCUGCCUAAACUAGAGGACUUCAUACGAAGUAUCAUUGCAGAACGUAACAAUCAGAAUCAGAUGAAGGCUAGCAUGGAGGACGUUCUUAACAGGAGGCAGCAAGCGUAUGAUACACAUUUGGAGACUCUAGAGUCUGAGAUGAAACUAGACGCCAACUCCCGCAAAUACUCAACUCAAAUGAACCAAAUACGUCUAGAUCUGUCAGAGUUAGAAAAGGUGCAGGAGUUAGAGAUGAUAAAGUCUAAGUGGAUGGAAUCAGAGAUGAAGUGCAAAAAGCACGAGUCUAGAAUACAGGAACUGAUAUACGGUGACAACGACGCACGCUCAACCAUCUCUCAACUCAAAACUGAAAACCUAGAGCUGCAACAUUUGAUAGCUAACAGUCAGAACUCCCUUCUCGAGAACAAGGAGCGUAUUUCGAUACUCAAAAACAAGAUGCAAGAGCAAGCUCACUUGUUGCUGUGUGAGACAGGUCAGAAACAAGCGCUGCAGCAGGAUAAUGAAUCGCUCAGGAGACAGUUUGAGGGGCUCGCGAAGAUGAAGGAUGAUUUACAGGACGAGAAGGACUCCCUGGAGAUGAAAUACCAAACCCUCCUCAACAGCUCUACUAAACCUAAGACGAUAGAAACCAGCACUCCUAGAGCCAAUAAGAAGAGACAUAGACGCAGGGGUGCAGGGUCAGGCUCACUGAACCAGUCCGGGUACACUUCCUCAGAGGAGGAAGUAGGAGGAGGAGGAGGGGGCCCUGUUAACGGCUCCUCUCGCACUGACUCCGCUCUACCUGAAUCAGAGCCUUCCUUCUCCAGAGAGAAUAGUUACGACAGUUACGAAGCUGGGGAAUCUCCGGUAAAACACUAUUCAGUAGACGGAGAUGGGGUUAUCUGGAAGAGACCUCUUCAAUCUUCUAUAAAUCACGCGCAUCCUCUCAUGGCUUCCACUAUGAGAUAUAGUCCCAGUGUUACCAGUGAUGAUUGUGGACAAGAUAGCGGAUACCAUAUUCCUACUUCAGAUUGCUCUACCAAACCUUACUCAGUGUGUUCGGUAACCUCACUAGAAGGGAGACAACCUGAGCGUGUGUUUAAAGUAGUGUUGCUAGGCGACAGUGCGGUUGGUAAAUCCUCUUUUAUCAUGAGACUGUGUCACAACAGGUUUCAAGCUGCUUUUCAACCUACCAUCGGAGUAGAUUUUCAGGUAAAGACGAUGUUGAUACAAAACACAGUAGUGUCUCAGCUCUGGGAUACCGCUGGACAAGAGAGAUUCAGGGCAAUCACUAAGUCUUAUCUACGUAGAGUAGAUGGAGUACUUCUUAUGUAUGAUGUUACCAGGGAAUCAAGCUUCAGGAACAUCCGUGAUUGGAUUCAGAGUAUUGAGGAAGAAGACGAGGCGCCGACUAUCAUGUUACUUGGCAACAAAGCAGAUCUCAUAGCAACUGGAGAUCAACCCCGGGCUGUUAAAACUGUUGACGGGGAAUCUUUAGCCAGGGAGUAUAACGCAAUGUUUUGCGAAGUCAGCGCUAAGAAAGGAACCAACGUUCAGGACUGUUGUGAGGACCUUACAAGAUCUCUGAUGAAACGGGAGAAUCAGAAAAUAGCCCAAACGAACAUCAAUAUUGUGCCAGCUUCUAAGGACAGAUCGGUACUAUCAGAUAAAUCCUGUACAAUCUGCUCCUGACGAAUAAUAAGUACUUUCUUUUAGUUUGUGUAUAUUUGUAAGUAGAUGUGUUUACAGUUACUAGGUCAUGGAAUGGGAGGUAAUUGAAGUUGUUUUUGAAAUUUCACGAUUAUUUUGUCCUGAAAUAUAGAUAUUAUAAUUUGAUUGAGAUUUUCCACCUUUUUGCCAUCUCAAAAGUGUGGGUAUACCUAUAUCAUGACGCAGCAAUUUAACUUGAUAAUUUAAUGUUUGAAUUAAUUUGUGAUUUACGUCUUUUCUUAUGACUUAUCAAGAGUUGAUUGUUCUUAUCUGACUUAAAUACAAUUUAAC